CCUUGAUUGUGAGGGAUAAAGCACACCUGUGCUGGUAGACAGCGCCUGCUGUCGUUUUUUCUCCUCAGCUCACCCUGAGCAGCUUAUCUAACACACAAAGACAUUUGAGUUCAGCAACAGUCUUCUCUUGAAGCAUGGUUUAUCAUCCUGAGUUUAAGAAGGCAGGAGAGAAGCCUGGUCUGCAGGUAUGGAGGAUUGAGAAAAUGGACUUAGUUGCAGUCCCUGAGAAUCUUUAUGGGAGUUUCUAUACAGGAGACACCUACAUUGUCCUCAAUACCAUCAAGCAACGUUUAGGAGGUCUACAAUACGAUCUUCAUUUUUGGCAAGGUAAUGCCUGCACUAUAGAUGAGAGUGCUGCAGCGGCCAUUUUUGCAGUCCAAAUGGAUGACUAUCUUGGGGGAAUGCCUGUACAGUAUCGAGAGGUCCAGGGCCAUGAAUCUAAAACAUUUGUAGGUUACUUCAAAUCAGGUCUUAAGUACAUGCAAGGUGGUGUGGCAUCAGGGUUUAGAAACGUGGCAUCUAAUGCAGGAAGAAUACAUAGAGUCCUCCAUGUUACAGGCAGACGAACAGUGAGGGCUACUGAGGUCCCGGUGAGCUGGGGUAGCUUCAACCAGGGAGACUGUUUCAUUCUGGAUCUUGGAGAUGAAAUCUACCAAUGGUGUGGCACAAAGAGCAAUCACUUUGAAAGGUUAAAAGCCACCAAUGUUUCUAAGGGCAUCCGUGAUAACGAGCGAGCUGGAAGAGCAAAAUUGUACAUAUGUGAAGAUGGGUCGGAGCCUGACAAGAUGCUGGAGAUUCUUGGACCAAAGCCUGAUCUUCCUGAUUCGGACUGUGAUGACUCUGAGACCGAUUCAUCGAAUAGAAAGAUGGCCACCUUAUACAAGGUGUCAGAUGCCAGGGGAGCGAUGUCUAUCACGUUGGUUGCAGCGGAGAAUCCUUUCUCUCAGAGUGCACUGGAGUCGACGGAUUGUUUUAUCUUGGACCAUGGUUCCAAUGGCAAGAUCUUUGUCUGGAAAGGUAAAGAAGCCAACCCAGAGGAGAGGAGUGCAGGGAUGAAGGCUGCAGAAGAGUUUAUUCAGAGAAUGGGGUACCCAAAACACACCCAGGUUCAGAUCCUGCCUGAAAAUGGGGAGACCCCACUUUUCAAACAGUUCUUCAAAUCCUGGCAUGAUGUGGCCCAGACUGAAGGGAUGGGGAAAGGAUAUGUGUCCAACAAGAUCGCCAAGAUUAAGAAAGUACCGUUUGACGCAUCUACGCUCCAUCUCUCGAGUGCUAUGGCUGCUCAGCAUGGGAUGAUUGAUAAGGGAGAUGGAGAGAAAAAGAUUUGGCGCAUUGAAGGAUCGGACAAGGUGGACGUUGAUCCCUCAACCUAUGGGCAGUUCUAUGGAGGAGACAGUUACAUUAUCCUGUACAACUACCAGCACGGGGAACGUCGAGGACAGAUUAUCUACAUUUGGCAGGGUGAGGAUUCCAGCCAAGAUGAGAAAGGUGCUUCCUCCAUCUUGGCCACUCAGCUGGAUGAGGAACUGGGUGGAGGAGCAGUGCAGGUCCGAGUGAUUCAAGGCAAAGAGCCUGUCCACCUCAUGAGUCUUUUUGGAGCCCAACCAAUGGUGGUUUACAAAGGUGGGACUUCCAGAGGUGGUGGUCAGUCAAAAGCAUCAACAAUCCGCCUUUUUCAAGUUAGGUCCAACGCUGCUGGCCACACCCGGGCAGUUGAGGUUGAUCCAGUGGCCUCUAACCUCAAUUCCAAUGAUGUGUUCAUUUUGCUGAACCCAUCUGCCUCGGUGCUAUGGGUGGGUCAAGGUGCCAGUGAUGUCGAGAAGCAUGGAGCUAAACAGCUCAGUGAGGUUUUAGGAGCGCAGGUUUCUGAAGUGACAGAAGGUGAAGAAGGAGAUCACUUCUGGGGAGCUCUCGGAGGGAAAACAGAAUAUCGCACAUCUGAACGACUGAAGAGCAAAAUGGACUCUCAUCCUCCCCGUCUGUUUGCUUGCUCUAACAAAACAGGACAAUUCCACAUUGAGGAAGUACCAGGCGAGAUGACUCAAGAGGAUCUGGCUCCUGAUGACGUCAUGAUCCUGGACACUUGGGAUGAGGUCUUUGUCUGGAUUGGAAAAGAGGCAAAUGAAGAAGAAAAAACUGAGGCUGUAGCAUCAGCUGUCAGAUACAUCGAAACCCAUCCUGCCGUUAGAGACAAGAGGACUCCUGUUGUGAAGAUAACGCAGGGCUUCGAGCCUCCCACGUUCACAGGGUGGUUCCUGGGAUGGGAUUAUGAUUACUGGAGCUCGGAUCCACUGGAAAGGGCUAAGGCUGCUCUAAAGCACUGAACCUACUGCUGUUUAAUGUGGCAGAUUCAGUCUCAUGCAGAAUAAAAUACAAAAAUCCA